UGAUACAAACCAACCAGCCAUGCAAAGAAACUUAGAGACCUUCUUCCCGUCAUCGUCUUAUCCGGCGGUGGGGGACGCGUGGCCUCCCCCGCAGGGACCCUCCACGUCGGGGUCCACCACCGACGAUGAUAGGCUGGCGAAGGCCGUCAUCGCCACCGCAGCCAGCACCUUCGCCUUCUGGGGCUUCCUCUUCUUCCUCCUCCAUUUUUUCGUCACCAGGAGGCAGCGGAGGAGGCAAGCAGCGGAGGAGGGGGCAAAGUCACAACCCGAGAAGAUCUCCCUCGCGGAGCGGAUCCGCUCGAGGGCGAGCAGGAGGAAGAGCGUCUUCGUGGACGAAGACGGCUUGGAUGCCGUCUACUGGCGCGAGUUCAAGGGGAAGGUCGGCUCUGUUCACAGCGACGUAGAUGAGUCCCUGUCUGGCCAGCGGAAGGACGACGACGAGGGAAGUGUGGGCCCGGGCUACACAGACCAGGCGAAGAAAAAUGAUUGGAGAAUUCAAGAAGAGCGUCUGCUUCCGGCCGGCUUCAUCGGCUCCACAUCGCCGGUUUUUGACGACCGUAGCUCCUCUGAUCUGCCACUGCCGCCUAAUCAGAGAUUGCCUCCGCCUCCGGGGAGAUUCGUGCCCUCGGCGCUGCGGCCACAAGCUGCCCUGCCGGAACUAAGGCCUCCGCGACUGCCGCUGCUAGCAGGAAUUGGAAACACAAAUCCGCCGCGGAUGCCGUCACUGCUGUCUCCUAGCAGGGACUUGUCGUCGGCGCCGAGGCUAGCAACUGCUUCGGAGGUUAGGAAUACAAGGCCACCACGGCCGCCCUCUCCGAGUCGAGUCAUAUCAUCGCCGUCGCCUCCGGCCACCGUGACAUCGGAGGUUAGCUACACAAGUACGCCACCGCCUCACGCGCCAGCAAUUUCUCCUUCAACACUAGAGCCCAAGCCAAGCGCCUCCCCUCCGCCGCCACCAACUCCUCCGUCAGCACCGGUACCGAAGCCAAGCGCCGCCCCUCCGACACCUCCUCUUCCUCCGCCGAAGAGGAGCGAUCCGGCGCCUCAUCCGUCACUGUCCACAUCAAAAGCAAGCGCGAAAGCGCCGCCGCCGCCGCCUCCGCUCAGGCCUCCAACCGGAAAGCCUCCAGGUCCAGCUCCACCGCCCCCGCCACCGGGGGGCAGACCCGGCGGAGGGUCUUCUAGGCCGCCACCGGCGUCGCGACCAACAUCGGCGGUUCAGGGAGAAGGUGGGGCCAAGAAGUUGAAGCCACUGCACUGGGACAAGAUGAACGCCAUUAACGUCGAACAUUCCAUGGUCUGGGACAAGCUCCACAGCGGUUCAUUCAGCGUCGAUGAAGACAUCAUGGAAGCUCUUUUUGGCACAGAGGUCGCCAACAAGAAGGCAGCCAACAACUCCGGAAACUCUGAGUCAAAGGCAGCCGCCGUCGACGGGUUCACCCCAAUCAACUUGCUAGACCCGCGUAAAUCGCAGAACAUCGCCAUCGUCCUCCGGUCCACCACAGCUGUCAACCGCCAAUCUAUAAUCGAAGGCGCGAUCGACGGGCGCGGCCUCAGCACUGACGUCCUCGAGCGGUUCAUCACGAUCGCACCGACGAAGGAGGAGGAGGACGUCAUCCGCGCGUACUCCGGCGACCCCGGCAUGCUUGCCGACGCUGAGAACUUCCUCUUCCACAUCCUCCGGGCCGUCCCCGCCGCGCCCUUCGCCCGUCUCGACGCCAUGCUCUUCCGAGCCAACUACGAGCCCGAGUUGGGACACCUGAAGCAGACCCUGAGGACGCUGGAGGCGGCGUGCGGGGAACUGCGUACGCCCACGCGUGGCCUCUUCCUCAAGCUGCUCGAGACAGUGCUCAAGGCCGGCAAUCGCAUGAACACCGGCACGGCUUGCGGAAACGCUCAGGCCUUCAACCUCACGGCGCUUCGCAAGCUCGCCGACGUCAAGAGCACGGACGGCAGCACGACGCUGCUGCACUUCGUGGUGGAGGAGGUGGUGCGGUCGGAGGGCAAGCGAUUGGUGAUCAACAACCGGGGCCACAACAGCGGGGCACUGGAGCGGGCGCCGAGCUGGUCCUCUUCGGCGGCGGCGGCGGCGGCGCAGGAGGAGAGGGAGAAAGAGUACACCAUGCUGGGGCUGCCGCUCGUCGGCGGGCUCAGCGACGAGUUCGCCAACCUGAAGAAGGCGGCUGGGGUCGAUUUCGACGCGCUCAAGAUCGCUUGCCCGACGCUGCAAGCGCGGGUGGAAGAGAUCAAGAGGCUAGUGGAGAGCCUAAGCGCCGGGGGCGAGGGCAGCGGGGGGUUCGUUAAGGAGAUGAGGGCGUUCGUGGAGGCAGCGAAGGGAGAUCUGAAGGCGACGGCGGUGGAGCAGGGGAGGGUGAUGGAAGUGGUGAAAAAGACGAACGAGUACUACCACCCGGGGGCGGCCAAGGAGAGGGACGGGCAGCCGCUGCAUCUUUUCGUGGUGGUGAAAGACUUCUUGGACAUGGUAGACAAAGCGUGCGUGGACAUCGCGAGGAAUCUGCAGAAGAAGAAGCAGGCGGCAGUGGCGGUGGCAAGGUCGGGGGCGGAGCCGACGGUGGGGGAGGAAGGGGCGGAGAGUAGGCGGAGGCCAGUGGCCAGGUUCCCGAACUUGCCGCUACGUUUCCUGAAGAGCAAUUCGAAGUCGGAUUCGAGCAGCGACGAGGAAGAUUGAGGGGAAGGCUGCAAAAAAUCUGUUUUUUUUUUAAUAAUGAAAAUGGUAAAUAUCAUUUGGUGAUUAGGAGUGAAUUAAACAGUGAGGAUCAUCUUUUGGCAAUUUUUUUUGGGCGACGAUCGAUUUAAUUUGUUUGUUUAUGGUAGAUAAGAGUGGUCCGGUUGUUUCUCCUGUAAAAAGAAAAACUAGACAGAAAUUCAAUCAAAAUCGGAGGUAUCAGGCGUAGUUUGUGAAUUCCCUGAAGACAAAUUAUCUGGA